CUCAGAGAGAACGAGUUUCAUGGUAGUGGGCCACAGUUUCAGUCACACGAGGCUCGUGAUAUCAAAAAGUUCAUAACUAACAGUCUCUCUUCUCUCGCUCGAAAGAAAGAGAACGCGUGGAAGAACGAUAAGGAGAAGAACUGCAAAUGGGAGUGGUAUGGACUGUGAUCGUGGUGCUACUGCUAGGGACCAUGCAGAGAAGCUGCGUUAAUGGUAGGGAGUGGGCUGGAGACUACUCCUAGUUAUCGGGGAUCAUAAUCCCUGGUUUCGCCUCCACUCAGCUCAGAGCAUGGUCGAUCCUCGACUGUCCCUACUCUCCUCUCGAUUUCAACCCUCUCGACUUAGUAUGGCUCGAUUCUACCAAACUUUUGUCUGCUGUAAACUGCUGGCUGAAAUGCAUGCUGUUAGACCCUCACAAUCAAACUGAUCAUCCUGAAUGCAAGUCACGGCCGGACAGUGGUCUCUCUGCCAUCACGGAACUUGAUCCUGGUUAUAUAACAGGCUCUCUUUCUUCAGUGUGGAAAGAAUGGGUUAAGUGGUGCAUUGAAUUUGGCAUUGAGGCAAAUGCAAUUAUGGCUGUCCCAUAUGAUUGGAGGUUGCCGCCAUCUAUGCUCGAGCAACGUGACCUUUAUUUUCACAAGCUAAAACUCACGUUUGAAACUGCCCUUAAACUUCGCGGCGGGCCAUCAUUAGUAUUUGCACAUUCAUUGGGGAAUAACGUCUUUCGUUACUUUUUGGAGUGGUUAAAGCUUGAAAUUGCUCCAAAACAUUAUAUGCAAUGGUUGGAUGAACACAUUAAUGCCUAUUUUGCAGUUGGAGCUCCUCUUCUUGGUGCAAUUGAGACAGUCAAAGGAACACUUUCUGGGAAUACAUUUGGUCUUCCUGUGUCUGAGGGAACAUCUCGAUUGAUGUUCAAUUCUUUUGGUUCUUCACUAUGGAUGUUGCCAUUUUCGAAGUAUUGUAGGGCAGAUAAUACUUACUGGAAACAUUUUUCUGGAGGUAGUAGGAAGGGUCAUCACUCACAUCAAUGUGAGGAACAGGAAUUCCAGUCAAACUACUCAGGAUGGCCAACAAAUAUCAUCAAUAUUGAAAUUCCUUUCACCAAUAGAUUCAAUGCCUAUCCAACAAUUUCAGAAAUACCUGAGACCAACUUGUCUAGCAUGGAAUGUGGACAACCCACUCAGUUAUCCUUCUCUGCUCGGGAAAUAGCAGAUGGGACCUUUUUCAAAGCAAUAGAAGACUAUGAUUCAGAUAGUCAGAGGUUGUUGUACCAAUUACAGAAGUCUUAUCAUGGUGAUCCUGUGCUGAACCCCCUUACACCUUGGGAUAGACCACCUAUAAAAAAUGUAUUCUGCAUCUAUGGAAUAGAUUCAAAGACUGAGGUUGGUUACCAUUUUGCACCAAACGGCAAGCCUUAUCCUGAUAACUGGAUCAUUACUGAUGUCAUUUAUGAGAUUGAAGGAUCUUUAUUCUCAAGGUCUGGGAAUUUAGUUGAAGGGAAUCCUGGAGCUGCAAGUGGAGACGAGACAGUAAGCUUAAUAAAUCUAAUAUGUGUUUCAUACAAUUCUCUCUCUUGGUGCAAAAAUUGGCUUGGACCAAAAGUGAACAUAACAAGGGCCCCUCAGUCAGAGCAUGAUGGUUCUGAUGUACAAGUGAAAUUGAAUGUGGAACAUCAUUAUGAAGUUGAUAUAGUUCCUAACAUGACGAAGUCCCCAAGAAUGAAGCACAUAACUUACUAUGAAGAUUCUGAAAGUAUUCCAGGGAAGAGGACAGCAGUUUGGGAACUUGAUAAAGCAAAUCACAGGAACAUUGUUAGAUCUCCUGUUUUAAUGAGGGAGUUGUGGCUUCAGAUGUGGCAUGAUAUCCAUCCUGAUGCAAAAUCGAAGUUUGUUACAAAAGCCAAACGUGGUCCUUUGCGGUAUGAAGACUGCUAUUGGGACUAUGGAAAAGCUCGCUGUGCAUGGCCUGAAUACUGUGAAUAUAGGUAUGUUUUUGGGGAUGUUCACUUGGGACAGAGCUGUAGGUUAAAGAAUUCUUCAGCUGAUCUGCUUUUGCAUUAUCUUUAGAUUACAAGCCGCUGCAUUCAAUUGGAGGGUUUAAUAAAUGAAUAUUCUCAGUCAUUGUUGCUGUUACUGGAUUCAGUUGUAUAACUUGCAAGAAAAUGGCUAAUCUUUAGUACAUAGAAGUCCAUAUAGAGUUCAAUAUCAUC